CGUCUUGGUCAUCGUUCCUAGACUCGGAUUAGGGUUUAGCUUCACCUUCUUGUUGUUCUUCUUCUUCUACUUCCACUCUACACUUCCAGGGACCUCCUUCUUCGUCUCAUCUCCGCCAUGGACGCCACCAAGAAGCGGAGGAUGGAAGAAAAUGGCGUCGACUCCUCCGAAAAUUCUUUCUUAAAAAUAACCUCCGAUGAUGCUCGUAAGAUAAUUGAUCGUUUCACUCCGGACCAGCUUAUCGAUAUUCUCCAAGAUGCUGUUUCGCGUCACACGGAUGUCCUUGAUGCGGUUCGAUCUAUUGCCGACCGAGACGUCUCCCAGCGGAAGCUGUUUAUUCGGGGUCUUAGUUGCGAUACAAGUACAGAAGGUUUGCGCUCUCUCUUUUCCGCGUAUGGGGAGCUUGAAGAAGCGGUUGUUAUUAUUGACAAGGCGACCGGGAAAUCGAAAGGGUAUGGCUUUGUGACUUUCAAGCAUGUUGAUGGGGCUAUACUGGCUUUGAAGGAACCGAGCAAGACGAUUGAUGGCCGUGUUACGGUAACGCAAUUGGCUGCAGUGGGAAUUUCCGGGCAGAAUUCGAACGCUGCGGACAUGUCGUUGAGGAAAAUUUAUGUGGCGAAUGUUCCGAUGGAUAUGCCGGCCGAUAAACUGUUGGCACACUUUUCGCUGUAUGGAGAAAUUGAGGAGGGACCGCUAGGAUUUGAUAAGCAGACGGGUAAGUGCAGAGGUUAUGCUUUAUUUGUGUACAAGAAGCCAGAAGGGGCACAGGCAGCUCUGGUGGAUCCAAUCAAGACGAUUGAUGGAAGGCAGUUGAGUUGUAAAUUCGCUAACGAUGGGAAGAAAGGGAAACCUGGCGGUGGGCAGGAUGGAAUUCAAACGCCGGGGGCCGGUCAAGGGAAUUUGCAUGGAGAUGGCAUGCCUAUGGCUCCUCCUUCGGCAAUGCCUGGUUCAGGCGGACAAUAUGGUGGGCCGGGAGGCAUGGGGUCGUAUGGAGGCUUUUCUAGUGGCGUACAAGGGGGACAGCCACUGGGUCAUCAUCCGCUGAACUCCUCAAUGGGGCCGGGUCUAUCUUCUGUCGGUGGUCAGGCUCCAUCUUCGUUGGGAAGCUCUGGCGGAUAUGGCGGCGGUCCAUAUGGUGGUGGGUACGGCGGUCCCGCGUCCUCAAUUUAUGGUGGUAUGGGUAGUGUAGGUGGUGGUUUGGGUGGUUCUGCUGGUGGAUUGGGCGGAACCGGGGGGCCAUCAUCUCUGUAUAGGUUGCCACAGAGUUCGGUGGGAAUGCCUUCGGGUGGUUAUCAGGAUAGUGGGCAUUAUAGCAUGUCAUCAGCAUCUGGGCACCCAAAUCCGCUCCAUCAACAGGCGGUAACAUCACCGGCGCCACGUGUUCCGCCUGGAGGAAUGUAUCCCAGUGUGCCACCUUAUUACUGAGGUUAUGAUGUUUGUUGGGCGCAGAUGCUUUAUGUGCUCUGGUGAUUGCGUUGAUUGCAGACUGUAACUCUGGUUUGAUGAAUGCAUUAGCUUUGCUUGUGGCCUCUGCUGUUUAACUGCACCUUUGAGUUGUUCAUUGAGAAUUAUUGGUAGUCAAAGAGACAGAGUUAGAAAGUUAGAUAAUUUUUGUACUCUACCCAAUGACUUAAUUGUGCUAUUUGACUUUUCUACUAGUAGUAAAUUUAGUAUUAUAUGAGUACUAUUCGCUCUAGUUACUGUAGUUCUUCUGCUUUCUGUUGCUUUCAAAUUAUGUGGACAAUCUUUUCCCUCCCGACUACUCAUUAUGUGGCUCCGCCAUCUUGAUUUGAGUAUGUCAACCUGCUUGAAAGACCUUGUAUUUUCUUUGUCGUUGCUUUUCUGCUGGGAACUUUUGAAUCCUUUGCAGUUGUUGGUAUCAAGUGCUUUCUACUUCACUUCUCUUA